GCCGGAAUUCCGGCAUGUUAAUGCCUGCAUUAUCGGCUCAUUAAAGCCGAGGCCAUCUUCCAAAAGCAGAGGCAGAAGUUGUGGACAGAACUGGGCACGGAUUUGAUACCGACGUUUCCCAGGAUCGCUGCUGACCCUCCGCCCUUUCAGCCUCUCAGUGAGGAUUAGUGCGUGGUGUGUGAACCUGCCGUCAGAUUAAUAGUGCCAGCUCUGUGAACCUGCCGUCACCCGGGGUCUGGCAUCAGGACUUACGGCAGCCGGGUCACCGGGUCAAGUGACCUUUCUCGUCAACAUUUGACAACCUUUUCCAUCUGUCUGGCAGCGCUGACUCAAUACCGGCGCUACUAGCCCGAGAUACCAGUGUGUUAGUACUUAAGAUAUGCGCUCCCAGGAGUGUGAAGACAUUUGAAGUUAGAUAUCGCAUUCGUUGGCUGGUCUCCGCCGACAGUCCUCAGUCCAGACCUCACCAUGGACGGCUGGAUCCCUGCGCUGUUUCUGCUGACCGCGGUCUACACAGCAGGAUGUGAGUGUGCGGAGGCGGAGGAGCGGCUGGUGCGGCACCUGUUUAACAGCACUAACUACAGCCCGCUGAUCCGACCCGCCCUCAGGCCUGGCGACAUCGUCACAACAACGUUCAGUCUGUACCUGUCCCAGCUCAUCAGUGUGACCGAAAAGGCUGAGAUUCUGAAGACUAACGUCUGGCUGGAACAGCAAUGGCAGGACUACCGUCUGGCCUGGGUGAAGGAAGACUUUGACCACCUGGAGGCGAUCCGAGUGCCUGCAGCUGUGGUCUGGAAACCUGACAUCGUUCUCUUUAACAACAAGGACGGCCAGUUUGACGUUGCCCUCCACUCGAACGUGAUAGUCUACAACACCGGGGACUGCUACUGGCUCCCUCCCGCCAUCUUCCAGAGCUCCUGCUCUAUCGACGUGCGCCAGUUCCCGUUUGACCGACAGAACUGCAGCAUGAAGUUCGGCUCCUGGACCUACACGUCUGACGAGGUGAACCUGGUCAUUUCGGAUUAUGGCAAAACGGCCAUCCUGGAUGACUUUAAAGCCAGCGGAGAGUGGAACCUGCUCGACUCCCCCAGCAGGAGGUUGGUGGAAGGGGACGAGGUGUAUAUCUACUAUGACCUUAUCAUUGAGAGAAAGCCUCUGUUCUACAUCAUCAACCUGAUCAUUCCUUGCAUCGCGAUAUCAUCUUUAUCUGUGCUGGUGUUCUACCUGCCGUCCGACUGUGGGGAGAAGAUCACACUCAGCAUCUCCGUACUACUGGCCAUGACUGUGUUCCUGCUGCUGAUCGCAGACAUCAUCCCAUCCACGUCUUUACAGAUCCCACUAAUCGGCAAGUACCUGAUGUUCACCAUGAUCUUCGUCACCAUGACGACCGUGAGUACCGUGUGCAUCCUGAACAUGCAUCACCGGACGGACAAGACGCACGAGAUGCCGGCCUGGAUGCGUGCCGUGACCAGGGUCCUGGCGACGAUCCUGCGGAUCCAGAAGCCGGGAGACGAUGAGGAGGAUGAGGAGGAGAAACCGAUCUACAUGUGGGACCAGCCGGUGGACAGCAUGCCCAUGAAAAAGGUUCGUAACGGGGUUCUUCAGGACGCUCAGGGCCGGCCGUUAGGCACCAUCAGCCAAGGCAGCCCACAGGCCCCUCCCCGGCAGGACCGCAACUCGCCAGUAGUCCUGCCGCCCGAGAUGCAGGACGCCGUCAAGAGCGUCAAGUUCAUCGCAGACCACUUCAAGACAAAGGACGAGGGAGCCGCGGUGAGUGACGAGUGGUCGUUCGUUGCCUUGGUGAUUGACCGCGUCUGCCUGUGGCUCUUCAUCAUCGUCUGCGUCCUCGGGACCCUGGGUCUGUUCUUCGAGCCGCUGUUCCUGGGAAACACGGGCUGAGGACGGGGUCAUCGCUCGCCAGGACUGGCACGUCAUGUCAUGUUUACAGGGUGCCGUGCUCAUGCGCACGUUGCACCAAUCACAAUUCAACACGUUUGGCACUUGGCUGACCAUUGUAGGAUCACUCGACGCGCACCAACAGAGGGCUGCACUACAUUACCAUGGAUAUGUCUACAACAUCAUCGCAUAACGUAACAUAUAAUAUCGCGAUGAAUAUCUGUGAGAUGCCAUUUUAUUGAUACCAAGGCGGGGAACGCCUGUAGUAUACCAUCUUAUGCAUAGCAAAGUGGUGAGAAUUUGGGAGAUGCCAUCUUACUAAGAACAUGGCGAAGAAAACCUGAGAGAUACCAUCUUAUAAACAACAUUGCGAUGAACAUCUGGGUGAUACCAUUCUACUCAUAACAAGCAGUAAUUGUUGCGGAGAUUCCAUCUAAAGAACAUGAACACGUGUAAGAUACGUUCUACAUAACGUCGCCAUGGACAUCUGUGAGGUACAAUCCUCUGUGUCAAUGUGUGUUGCCGAGGCCUAUUUGUCCUCUCGGCCAGCGGUGAACUCUUGUCAACUUGUAAGACAGCGUGAGCUAUGAGGUGUGUCUUUGUGGAGAAACUGUCUAUGGGAGGUGCCUGAUGGAACUCCUCAGCUCUUCUCCGUAUCAUGCCUUCAAGCUGUUCACCUGGGAGGAGUCGGUGAACGCAUCGGAGACAACACUGGCGUUUCACACCAAGGUCUUCAUGGUGACUAUAGAGGAAUUAGCCUGCUCGCCAGCUCAAAAAUUUAAAUAUCGACUUCUAUCAACCCUUGACCCAUUGCUGACGUCACACAUGCAUGAAGUCUUGCGUCCAGAGCAAUGCAUUGGGUCAGAUAGCUGAGGACAGAGCGUUUAGGCUCAAAUUUUUCGUUGAGUCUCUUUUUUAGUUGGCAAAUAUUUUAGUUUCUUCAUGAUAUAAUUUAACAAUUCAAUUUAGAUAGUCUGUCAUGAUUGUUUUGACAAAUCACACUUCCAACGUGGUCUAUUAUUUGUGUUCCCAUUGAAUUCAUUGAUUUUGCUGACUUGUUACUUUGAUUGAGUAUAACAACACAUCUACUGAAACAGAAACAAACAUUCAUUUGCUUGGGAGAUAAUUUUAUUAUAUUUUUCCAUAGCCUAUUACUUUUGUAUAGGUUUUAUGACAUGCACAUUUGUGUGGAUGGAGUAUUGUAAGAAAUAUUUUAUUUCUGAGUAUGGGAACAGAAACGGUCCCAUUUGAACGAUAAUUUGUUUUAUUUACAAGUUCACAUUUACUUAUCUAACGAAUUUCUUAUUCCUAUGGUGGACCAGCAGCUUGGCAUGAAAGAGGACAUCUAGCGGAAAGCUGCAUACUGCAGUAGCUGCAGUCCCGUUACGAGACAGGGCGUAUUUUAAUUGACUAUAGCGUCUGCGGCAAGGGGUAAUCAGUGAGAAGAUAAGUGAUAAUACUUCAUACAGUAGCAACUGGUGUUUUCAUCGAAGUUGGAUUCACUUAGGUUGCGGAAACUUUAUUUGCAAAAAAGGCAAACGAUUGUUAUGACUACGUAACAUGCAAUUGAUGUUUUGUAGAUUGAUAAAGUUAUUUAUAUUUGACAAUAAAUCACAAUACCAGCGG